GUUGAUUCUAUCGCAAGCUCCGCAUUAUCAAUUUAAAUCAGUUUAAUCCAAUUAUUGUUUGAGUGCGUUUGUUUAUUUGUUCAACGCCAGCUGCACGUACCAAGGCGAGACGAUAAAUUUUUGUUCAGCUGUUUGAUUCAAAAAUAGAAAAUAUUUUGCAAAGAAGAUGUCAUCAAAUGCCGAUUUGAACGAUAUUAUUUUGCACAUGCAACAUUUUACAUGGGCCGAUUAUCUCUUAUUUAUCUUUAUGCUGAUUCUCUGCAUAUUGAUUGGAAUUUAUUUCGGAUUCAUGCACAAGUCGAACACGGAAGCGGAAUAUCUGAUGGGUGGCAGAAACAUGCUGGUAUUCCCUGUGGCUUUGUCACUGAUUGCAAGUUUUAUUUCUGGCAUCACACUCGUGAGUCUACCGACAGAGGUCUAUAGCUAUGGCAUCCAAUAUCUGUACGUGAUUUUCGGUGUCGUUGUGAUGGGAUUCAUCAUGGGCUUUAUAUAUUUGCCGGUCUUUCAUAACUUAAAUAUUACAUCAACGUAUGAGUAUCUUGAAAGCCGAUUCAAUCGCAACCUACGCAUGUUCGGCUCAAUUAUGUUUGUCAUCAUGAACCUUGGUUACUUGCCAAUUGUGAUUUACGUACCUGCGCUUGCCUUCAAUCAAGUAACUGGCAUCAAUAUUCACGUGAUAACGCCGAUCGUCUGUCUAAUUUGCGUUUUUUACACGUGUGUUGGUGGCAUUAAGGCCGUUGUCGCCACCGAUGUUGUCCAGACGUUUUCCAUGUUCGGUGCUCUGAUUCUGGUUGCUGUCAAGGGAACGAUGGAUCUCGGCAAAGAUGUGUCCGUUUUCGAAAAAGCAUGGACCAGCGAACGAAUUGAGGCGCCAAUUUUCGACAUCAAUCCCACGAUUCGUCAUAGUUUGUGGUCACAAUUGAUCGGUGGCGCUGUCUAUUGGUUACAAACGAAUGCCGUCAGUCAGAAUAUGAUUCAGCGUUACUUGGCACUGCCGACACUCAAAGCCGGCAGACGUGCUUUGUGGAUUUUUGUCGUUGGUGUGUCAAUUUUGAUGUGCAUUUGUGCCUACAAUGGGUUACUAAUCUACGCGACGUACGAGCAUUGCGAUCCCUUAACGACAAAACUGGCACGACGCAAGGACCAACUUUUUCCACUUUUUGUGAUGCAUACGUUGCAUGAGCUUCCCGGAUUGACGGGACUCUUUGUUGCGGGUGUCUUCAGUGCGGCACUUAGUUCGCUCUCCACAUGUCUCAAUUCCAUGUCUGCCGUGGUGUUGGAGGAUUUUGUCAAGCCAUUUGUUAAGCAACCGCUUACGGAGCAAACAAUCAACUGGAUAAUGCGGCUCGUGGUGGUAGGCGUCGGUGUCUUUUGUCUUUGUUUGGUGUUUUUAGUGGAGAAAAUGGGCAGCACUGUGCUUCAACUCACAAUGAGCUUGGAAGCAAUAACAAACGGACCGUUAUUAGGCAUUUUCACAAUUGGGAUUUUACUGCCAUGGAUUGGAUCGAAAUGUGCCUUGUUCGGAGGUAUUGUCGGUGUUGUUGUCAUGUCCUGGAUAAGUUUGAAUGCGCAGGCAGCUAUUGCAUCAGGUGCACUCAGUUUCGAUCACAAGCCAAUGAAAGUGGAUGACUGUCACUACAACAUCGGAAAUAUUACGAGUUCAACAAUAAAUUCCGCUGCCACAAUGUCAUCGGACGACAUUUUCCCGCUUUAUAAAAUUUCGUACAUGUGGUAUACGGCUCUGGGCGCUGUCGUUGCAAUUCUCGUUGCCAUUGCAUCGACUGCCGUUUUCGGAAAAAAUAAUCCAAGAGACGUGCCAAAAGAACUAAUGGCACCUUUUGUACGAAAAAUUGUCUUCAAGGAUGACACUGACGUGGUGAAGAGUAGUGCAACAAGCAAUACGCAAUCCGGAAAGGCAUCCACAAGCAAUGCAGAAUCACGAUUGUAACGAAAUGGUGUUUGAUGAUAAGUUAACUUAUUUCCCAUUAUUACCUCGUUUUUAUUAAAUUUCACUUUUGCACUACGAACAACGACGAACAAUAAACAACAACAAAAGUUAAAUCAUAUAAAAGUAAAAAGCAAAUACUUGUCUUCCUACUACAUAAAGUGUGAGGGCAAACAUUGUUUGACGUGCACGAAUCCUUUUUUCUUUUUGUUUUGUUAUUGUAAGAUAAAAGAAAGGAAAGCAAUAAAACGAAGGAGUUCAUUAAAAUU